AAUCCCUGCGCCUUGCUGGUUGUCCUACAAAGUUGCAAUGCUGAACGCUAGUAGAAUUGUCGGCCGUAUGUUGGCUUCCUUGCCACGAGGCGGAGCCUGCAAGGACUGCUUCAAUGGUUUCAGCCAAGAAGUCUUAAAAGGAGUAUACAAACGAAACUAUGCCUCUGAGACCAUUAAAGGAGCAGUUAUUGGAAUCGAUCUGGGAACCACAAACUCCUGUGUUGCUGUUAUGGAGGGAAAGCUGGCAAAGGUUCUUGAAAACUCAGAAGGUACCAGAACAACUCCUUCUGUUGUUGCCUUUUCAGCAGAUGGGGAGCGACUAGUUGGAAUGCCAGCAAAGAGACAAGCAGUGACUAAUCCCAACAACACAUUUUAUGCUACAAAACGUCUUAUUGGUCGUCGCUUUAAUGAUGCUGAAGUGCAAAAAGAUAUCAAAAAUGUCCCCUUUAAGAUUGUGCGUGCUUCUAAUGGUGAUGCCUGGGUAGAAGCACAUGGGAAGCUAUAUUCUCCAAGUCAGAUUGGUGCAUUUGUGCUUAUGAAGAUGAAGGAGACUGCAGAAAAUUAUUUGAGCCAUGCUGCCAAGAACGCAGUUAUCACUGUGCCUGCAUAUUUCAAUGACUCUCAAAGGCAGGCAACAAAAGAUGCUGGGCAGAUUGCUGGAUUGAAUGUUUUGCGAGUAAUUAAUGAACCAACUGCUGCUGCCCUUGCUUAUGGCCUAGAUAAGUCAGAUGAUAAAAUCAUUGCGGUCUAUGAUCUUGGAGGUGGUACUUUUGAUAUUUCAAUCUUAGAAAUACAAAAAGGUGUAUUUGAAGUGAAGUCUACUAAUGGUGACACCUUCCUUGGUGGAGAAGAUUUUGACCAAGAAUUGUUGCAGCAUAUUGUAAAGCAGUUCAAAAGAGAAACUGGUGUGGAUCUGAUGAAAGACAACAUGGCUUUACAAAGAGUGAGAGAAGCAGCCGAAAAGGCAAAAUGUGAAUUAUCUUCAUCAGUGCAGACUGAUAUUAAUUUGCCAUACCUGACUAUGGAUGCUUCGGGCCCAAAACACUUAAAUAUGAAGCUGACUCGUUCUCAGUUUGAAGGGAUUGUGGCUGAAUUAAUUAAAAGAACGAUUGCGCCAAGCCAAAAAGCUAUGCAAGAUGCAGAAGUCAGCAAGAGUGACAUUGGGGAAGUUCUUCUAGUCGGUGGAAUGACCAGAAUGCCAAAGGUCCAGCAAACUGUGCAAGACCUGUUUGGCCGUGCUCCCAGCAAAGCUGUAAAUCCCGAUGAAGCUGUGGCUAUUGGUGCUGCUAUUCAAGGUGGUGUAUUGGCUGGUGAUGUAACAGAUGUUCUGCUGUUGGAUGUCACUCCUCUUUCCCUUGGAAUUGAAACACUUGGUGGAGUCUUCACAAAGCUAAUAAGCAGAAACACAACUAUCCCUACAAAGAAGAGCCAG